CGCGCGUGUAAAGCCCAAGUAUAAACGGACUCUCCUCGUCUAUCAUUCUCUUCACUCGUGUACAUUCUUUAAGCUUGUCCUCUAACUCUUCCUUUCUAUUGUUUAUUUUUUCCCUUUUUCUUUUCCUCCUUGUCCUCUUUCUGUUCCUCCCCCUCCUCCUUCUCCUUCUUCUCCGAUCUAUCCUUUUGAAAUCUAAUUACUUCAAUCGAUGAAAUAAUUGAAAUAUAUCAAUCACGAUUUGAAACAAUUCUCCAUUCUCCAUUCGAUGUCUCAUUAUUUUGUAAUUUCUUUUUUAUUUCGAAUUUAGAAGCGCCGCGCACACGGUAGUAAUCUACGAUGGUGAGUUAUUACCAAACCGAGCCGAUCCCGAAUCCAGUGACGGUAUCAGUGACGAGCGUGCUGCCAAAUUUGGAGACGAUGAACCCAGUGAAGAACCUUGUUUGCAGCCCGGACCUUCCGGUCUUCGGCUCGACGACAUGUACCACGACUGCUGCUGUUACCGUCGAAAGUCUGACAAACUCGAACGAGGAGAAGGCUUACCAGUGUCUUCUCUGUCAGAAAAGCUUCGAUCAAAAAAGUUUGUAUCAGAGUCACUUGCGUUCGCACGGUAAAGAGGGAGAGGAUCCUUAUCGGUGCAAUAUUUGUGAGAAAACAUUUGCGGUACCUGCACGUUUGACCAGGCAUUACAGGACUCACACGGGCGAGAAGCCUUAUCAGUGCGAAUACUGCAGCAAGUCCUUCUCUGUGAAGGAAAAUCUUAGCGUUCAUCGACGGAUACAUACGAAGGAACGACCAUACAAGUGCGAUGUUUGCGAGCGUGCCUUCGAGCAUAGCGGCAAACUCCAUCGUCACAUGCGAAUCCACACGGGCGAACGUCCACACAAGUGUACAGUUUGCUCGAAAACGUUCAUACAAAGCGGCCAGCUGGUAAUACAUAUGCGUACACACACCGGUGAAAAACCUUAUGUAUGUAAGUCUUGCGGCAAGGGAUUCACCUGUUCGAAGCAGCUAAAGGUACAUACUCGUACCCAUACCGGCGAAAAGCCUUAUACUUGCGAUAUAUGCGGAAAGUCCUUCGGAUAUAAUCACGUAUUGAAACUCCAUCAAGUAGCACAUUAUGGUGAAAAAGUCUACAAGUGUACCCUCUGUCACGAAACUUUUGGCUCGAAAAAAACGAUGGAGCUUCAUAUAAAAACACAUUCAGACUCAUCCUCCUCGUCCUCAUCUUCAUCCUCCUCAUCUUCGUCCUCUUCUUCUUCGUCCUCAACAUCCAGCGGAAUCUCUUCCGCCAGAGAGUCGCCGAUCGAAUCGAUCAUGGAGAUCUCACAGAGUAACUCCGUCGCUCCUAACGCACCAUCACCAAUACCGAUCUGUGGCGGAAACAACAAAGAACUUCCGCGUAAGAACGCAGAGAAUAUCCCAUGUAGCCCGAACGAAGUUUAUCCAAAUCAACGGGAUUUCUCGUAUUAUGUUUUCCCAAGAGAACAGUAUCCUCAAUCAGUUUCCUCGAUAAACGGUCCAAUGGGUCUGUUAAACGCAGGAGUCGAAGAAAGAUCGGUUCAUCAAAUUGUCAACCUCGAACAACAGUCUCAUGUCUUCCUUUAUUCCGACAUAUCCUCAAGUCCUUACCCAAUAACCGAGUUUGCUUUUCCAAACAGAGGAGUUGAACCGAUGGUCGGUGAAUGUCCGUCCUUGCUGAAUCUACCCGGAAAUGAUGCUCGUAGAAGAGUCGAGGCAGCUUUGGAGGCUGUUGAGGAAGAGAGACAACGGGAGUACGGAAUGAACGUGAAAAAAGAGGAACAGAUACUUACGCCACCGAGCAGCAAUCCUGUCAGUCCAGCACCUUCGCCAGAUCCUCUCGAUCUUGCUAUACCUGUCAGGGAAACUUUGAUCUUACCACCAAGGAAACGUUGCAAGAUGAUUCUCGAAUCAAUGGAAAGCGAGAGAAGCGCAAGUCUCCUUGGCUCUCAAAGGCAAAGUUCCGUUAUUCAUUUUGCACGUGCCUCAUAGUCAGAUACGGUUAAUUCCUACGAAAAUAAAGGAAAACCGAUGGAACUCUAUUCGCAAAAAAUGAUGGCACCGUCCUCCGAAAAGACUCUAGUGAUAUUCCAUGUGAACUCUUUCGAGUGCAUAAUAUGAACGAACGAACAGAAAAAUUCAGUGUCUUCGAUAAUCAUAGUCAAUCCUUCGUCGGACACGUUGCCUUCUAAACGCGUACAGAGUACAAAAACAAAAGUACGAAUUAUAACAGUAUAGCACAAAUUGUGUGCGAAAGGGAUUCGAUCAAAUGUUUCGAGAUUGAUAAGAUUUUAAAUAGGCACACGUGCGUCCAUUUUGAUAACGAUUUGAAAUUAUCAAAAUUGCAAAAUUAUUAUCGACUAUAUGUAUGUACAUGUAUACAUACAUAUGAGAUAUACCUAUGUAUCUCUUAAUUUUUUCUCUUU